CAUGCGUUUCGAAUCGAAAAGCAACCAAUACGCUACCAUGGUAACUUACCUUUGUUUACUAUGUGUAUCCAGUAGCAUACCGCUUAUCGACUUAUUUCAUCGAUAUCACCCAUCAUCAUAGUCACCAUAACUGGCUGCCUUCGCUAAAAUAACACACCCCGGUUGCAUCCAUAAAUUCUGUGCGUGAUAAUAAUUCUAAGCAUCUCCUACAAUCGAAAUAAUGUCCUUGUUGGGUAGUGAGAAUAUUAAACUGCUGCAAAAGCUGUUCAAGGCAAACGAUGAAGAUGCCUCGUCCGAUGAAGAACAACCUGCCCCAGACGUCGUGCCACAGUUAGGCCCCGGAGAUAUUGGAGAACCGGCCACAGUGAAGCCGAAAAGGAAACCCUCUACCGAUCCGGCAGAACACGUGAAGCCUUGCUCCUAUGCGCCGCUCGAAACGCACACCCAGCCGGAAACGGAGCAACAACCCCAAACGCUCGAAGAAUGGGAAGCACAACAAAUGCAGCAAGAUCGUGCCUUGUUCGAUUCACGCAAACAGCCCGAAUAUCGGAUCUCCUACCGUCAAACGGUCGCUACCGAGGAUAUCUACUUGCAGAUGAACUGUAAAACGCCAGCAACGGCCAGCUGUGAAAACAUGAUUGUGGAAGUGUUUCUUACCGGCGAGGAUGAUUCCGUCGGCAUCCAUCAGAUCGAGCUCGAGGUGAAGGAUCAACGGAUUGUUGUGGGAUCGCCGAAGCAUCAGCUCGAUCUUACCCUACCGCACCGGAUCAAUCCGGACAAGGGUAAUGCGGCCUGGCUGUCGGAUCAGAAAACGCUUCGCCUUACGCUUACGAUGGUACGUGAGCUGGAUUUCGUUAACUUUUAACAUGCAGCAUGCGGAGAAAGAUAAAUAAAGUGGGAACAGAAUUUAUAACAAAACAGCAAAACAUUUACCACACAUAUCGCAACACAUUUUAUCACAUUUAAUGGUUUUUAAUUGUGUGCUGAAGGUUUGGUGAAUGGAAAGGUACUUUCAAUUCCUCAACUUACCUUAGAUAAAGUAGGAUUCUUAUUGCGAUUAACUUACUCGUCUGUG